ACAAAACUUAUAUCUUGUUUUUAUGUUUCUUUAGAAGCUUAUGCUUGGUAUAGUUUUGGGUUUUGGAUUACGUUUAGGGUUUAGAGUUUAUGGUUUUUAGGGUUAAGCUUUUAGGGCUUUUUUGUUAAUUUCUCAGUUUUUGUAAAUGUCACAGUAACUAUGGAAAACAAAGAUUUGAUACCAUUCGAAGAGCAUCAAGUGGACAAACCUUGCCAAUUGGGUUAUAUGAACAUGGAAGCAAUAGUUGAGGUUGAUAAUGAACGACCGCCGUAUUCUCUUCCUCCCCACAUAUCUCAACCUUACCCUUGGCUUGUUAUAUCUCAUGGAGAGUUUGAUCAAAGGCAAACCUUCUUCAGCAUAUCACAAUAUCAGUAUUACACUAAAAUCAUUCCUGAGAUGCGUAAUAAACAAGUUUGAUUUCUAUAAAAGGGAAUGGAUUGAAGUGAAAAGCAUUGGAAAUAAUGCAAUUUUCCUCACAGAUCAAUGUUACGGCUCAUGUUCCUCAGUAGCUGAAGAAUCUGAUAUAAGAAGAAACUCCAUUUACUAUACUCAAUAUGAAGAUAGAAACCUUUAUGUCUAUGAUUUGGAAGAUCGAAGUGUUACAACAUCUUUGCCUUGUCCCAUAGUCAGUCGUCGAAAAUCAUCUUAUUAUUGGAGUAUGUUACCAAUGACAAAUAACUCUUAAGAUUUAAUUUUUCUUUUUAGAAAAAAAAUUGUUAUGUAGUUGUU